UCUUUCUCAAUAAUUACUUCUCAAUGUAUUUGUUCAAUCUCUCCUUAUCUCCUUCCAUAGUUAGCUGAAGUGUCGCACUUAGAUGCAAAUAGUUGCGGGGCUCACUUUUCUCUUCGUUUUUCCUAUUUAAGAAUCACUCCCCCCAUGAGGUCUCUUGUUCGGUAUAGUGAUGGUUUGAAUUACCCGCCUCGCUCCUCAGCGUUGUGACCCUAGCGUUCAUUUUUGAAAGCUCACUAAGCUGUGUAACAAUAUGCCUAGAUGGCGCCACCUUACAACGUUCUCCUGUAUUUUUGCGAAGAUUGGACGCAACACAUUCAUUUACCCACCACUGAGCAGGUGUGCUAUCAUUCGUCCAUCCGUCUACAGAAGCUAGUCGCAGGCGGGCAGACGGCCGGUAAACUCGCACUGCUGCGCUAGCUACCGUUGUAUCGAAGUCGCAGCUGCUUCACUUCUCGCGGCUGUUAACCUUUGUGAUUCUCCGCAAGUCCGGCAUUUCUUAACGAGCACAGUGCUAGCGAUCGUCGCGUACAACAAUCCGUCAGCGAAAACGAGCUUGCAUUUGUUUUGAAGCGAGAGCCAGUCAAGCGAUGGGCAACGCAGACGGCAGUGAAAGUGGUGAGCGCUCCGAUGCGACUACGGACACGGUGACAGUGGACCUGCGCGCCGACGUGCUGCCUCCUCGGAAGGUGUUUUGGGAUCCCGUGCACGGCCAAAUUUCGUUGCACCCGGUGUCCGUAGCGGUGAUCGACACUCCCGAGUUCCAAAGGCUGCGGCACAUUCGCCAGCUGGGGCAUGUAGCCUACCUUUACCCGGGUGCCUCGAACAGUCGCUUUGAGCACAGCCUCGGCACGGCUCAUCUGGCUCGAUUGUUGGGCUCGCAUCUGCGCGAUUGUCAGCCUGAGCUCAAGCUGGGCGACAAAGAAUUGCUGUGCCUCGAAUUGGCUGGCCUGUGCCACGACCUCGGACACGGCCCAUUCUCGCACUUCUGGGAACACUUCUACCGGCGCGGCGCGCGUGACAGGGGCCUGAAACCUCGAUGGACACACGAGGCCAUGUCUUGCAAGAUUCUCGCGCACUUGGUCUCCGUGAACGGACUGGACCGGACGUUCAGCGCAUGGGAGGCGAAAUGGCCCGGUCAGGGCCUGACGGAAGACGACGUCAAGUUCGUGCAGGCUCUCAUACUGGGUGACACGAAUGGGGUCGAACCCUCCCGGUGGUUCCUCUUCCAAGUGGUCAACAACCGCGACUCCGGACUGGACGUGGACAAAUGGGACUACUACUUGCGCGACUGCCACGCCGUCGGUCUGGCCUGUGGCUUCCAGUUCCAGCGGCUCGUGGGCAGCGCGCGCGUCGUCGAGCACGAGGGCUUCACGCGCAUCGCGUUCCGCGACAAGGAGCUCAACAACGUGUACGAGAUGUUCCGCAUGCGCAGCACUUUGCACAACAACGUGUAUCACCACCAGAUGAUCAGCAUAUUCGAAGCCAUGAUCUGCGACGCUCUGCAGCUGGCCGACGAAAAGGUGGCGUCGCCCAACGGCGGCGGCCGUCUGCGACUGUGGUGGACGACGCACGAGGCCGGACAGCCGGACGCCAGCCCGCAGCGGGUGGAAGCCUUCGUCGCCCUAACCGACGCCUGGGUCGAGCUCUCCGUGCGCCGCGCCGACGCCAUGCAGCAUCCCGAGGUGCUACGGGCGCAGGAGCUGUGGAGGGCGCUGGAGACCCGGUCGCGCAGGCCCUGUCCGCUGUACCGCUUCCUGGGCAGCGUCUCCAAGAGCGACCGCGGCGUCGGCAGCAGCGAGGAGACGAUGCGCGCGGCCAUCAUGGCGGCGCUUCCGGAACACGUCAAGCCGAAGGCGGAAGACCUCGUCGUGGAUCUGGUCAACAUCCACUGGGGCUGCGGCAAGGACGACCCGGUGAAGAAGGUGCUCUUCUACCGCAAGGCCGAGCCGGAUCGAGCGCUGCGCGCCGAACAGCUGCACGUUCAGCCGUCAGUUCUGCCGUCGCGUUUCCUGGACGCCCGCUGGCACGUCCUGCUUCGAGCCCCGGGCAAACCGGGCUUGGCCGAGCACGUCGAGCUUUGCCUGAAAGCGCUCCAGCUGGAGGAGUAAAUGGUUGCUGCGGGCCGAAUGCGCAACCGCGCUCUACGAAAAUAUCGAGUAAAAAGGGUCUUUUUUGUCCGACAACAAUAAUCGUCAUCCGGCUUGCUUGCGCUUCCUUUCUUGAAAGCUCAGAGCUGGCCACUUUCAUAUCGGGAACGCGAUGUCACUCUGAUAACGCGCAUGUCGUUCGUGACCUGAAAGUACUGGGCGCGCGGCGAUAAUUACGCAAGAUAUGUGACGAUUAUCGUUAUAGGACAAAAAGACGCCCCUUUUACUCGGUCUUUUCUUAGAGUGCGUAAUGUACUGUGCGCGGCCCCUUCAGUACACUAGAAUGCUGGUAUAUCUGCGUUUGUUAGCGCCACGAGCUAGGCAUGCAGUCUCGAUUUCUGCCUCCUUUCCACGUUGCUUCUAGUCUAACUCUCUUGGACCGACCCCAGAUUGUGAGCAUUAUGAGGCUUGUAGUAGCGUCGUUUACUCCGGUGUUAGUGCGCCCGUAUCCGUUGCACUAUAGUUCGAUCAUUUCUAGCCUCGCGCUCGUGUCCAGAUGUCCUGCCACGCAAUGUGGCCUGCAAAUAUUCAAGAAUGUAAGAUGAUAUUUGAAGAGUUCGCGUUCGUGGCAUUCCCCACCCCCCCUCUCUCUAUUUUUGAUUCGUCCGUCCUAUAGUAAACGAGCCGUAUAGUAUCAGCGUCAAGACGUCCAUUGCUCCAUUUGUGGUUAUCGUCCUUGAGAACUUUUAUUACAUUCCGUGAAAAGUGGUGGGACCAGUGACGCAGUUUGAACGCAGGUGUGCCAGUUUAUGGGUGUAUAUGUGCUUGCGAAGUAACUUAGCGUCACCGACGAAGCGCUUUGCGUGAUACCCGGAACAAAAAAAAAAUAUAUAUAUUUUUUUCUCGCGUGUGUUCCUUUCGACGGGUCAUAUAGAAAUGUGAUACACGAGCGGCCGCACGGGUCGCCUGCGAGUAUCGGGCGCGGGCGCGGGUUCGGUUGGAUGAAGACAAAGUUCCAAUGGAGCAGCCAAGCAGCUGCGUCACUCGUGUGUGUACAGGGCUCAUCUCAUUUUAAUGUAUGUUCCAAAGAAGGAAAUAAGCUUAUAUAUACCUAGUUUUUAUGUAUAACACUUACGUAAUAUAUAAUACUCUUGCUUAGGAAUAACAAUUACACUGAAGGAAUAUGUGUUAUACGUAGUUAAGGUAUCUUUCCAUGCCGUUUGUGUUCAUAUAUACAAGGUGUUCCAAUUAUCAUUGCCUACUGGCUCAAAAAAAAAUUUUAAUUUAAAAGCCCAAUGGCAUUGGUGUUGCAUCUCGUCAGAAAGCAUAGCUGCGCCAGAAAUGGAAAGUUCUGCGACAACAUCUGGUACACUUAAGUGAAUCUGUCAUCUUAAAUUUCUAAUUGGUUGCUUCUAUUAAUGCACAGGUAAAAAGUGCGAAAAUUUGAUGUGCGUUGUUCGGGAUUGCGAGCGUAAAAUAGCACCCAUUUCGAAAUGUACGUCCUGCACUAUAAGCACCUUGACGUGCAGAAAGCAUUGUAGGGAAAAGAAAGCAAAGCUGGGGAAAAGAAGUUUGAGGAGCACAUAUCUUGAACCCGGAGCUUCAGUCUCGGGUUUCGUGCCAAAGGGGACAUCAUGCUCGCAAUUGCAAACGUGCUACUUAAGCAGCGUGUGAGCUAAGUCUAAUUCCUAAUUUCAGUUGAUUCGCCGUUAUCGUAGGUGUAGUCCCCCCCCCCCUUCCCCCUAUACUGAAGUUAUCGCUCAAAUAAAAUAUGUAUGUCGUAACAGUUGUCAAGAGCUCGCGGUGCUUGGACUGCGUAUACGUCUGCCUUUAAUUUGCGAGUGUGAUGGAUGUCUUUCACAAGCUUGUGCAAUCGAAACCCCGAGAGGGCGUCGUGGGAAACUUGUCAGCUUGCGCAAACAGUCGAGGUCAGCCGGGCUCGGGCUCUCUGCGACGCGCGAUGACAGACCUACAGAUGGUUUUUUUUUUUUUUUUUUUUGUGAUCGACUAUCUGAACCCCGGAGUCUUCUCUGUGUUGUUGUUGUUCUUCGUGACCUCUGCUGGUUUAAUAAAGUUACAUUAACGAAAA